GGCAGCGGGAAAUACGAACGGGGCUGUUUGUUCGUGCGUCUGAGAGGGCAGCGGAGCCGCUAUGGACGCCUUGGGCUGUAUGAAGUCUCUGCUUCUGGCAGCCACGCAGUACCGCGCCGCCAAGACACCGACUAAUGCGGCGCUGCUGCAGCGCAGCCUGGAGGUUAUCUCUGGACUGAAGCUUACACGAUUAUUUGCUUCCAACCAGAUUCUACCAAGCGAAUGUCUCAGCUGCCUAGUAGAACUCCUUGAGGAUGCUAAUAUAAACCCAUCUCUGACCUUGUCUGUCAUUACUUUGCUGUCACAGCUAGCUUUAGACAAUGAGACUAGAGAAUCUCUUCAGGAUACGUACAAUCUGACCAGUGUGCUGGCAGGAGUGGUUCAUCGAAGUGCUACUAAUCCUAGUGACCCAGCCUUACUGCAGAGCGUUCAGUUGCUGCAGAAGCUAACCUACAAUGCUCCGGUGUUCUCUGCUGGCUCCAACAUUGAUGAGUUAGUUUCAUUCCUAAUGCAUCAUGUUCAGACUACUGAAGAUGAAUUAAUGAUACCAUGCUUAGGACUCCUGGCAAAUCUUUGUCGUCACAAUUUAUCAGUUCAAACUCAAAUAAAAUCUUUGAAUAAUGUGAAGAGCUUCUAUCGUACCUUAAUAAGUUUCCUGGCCCAUAGCAGCCUGACUGUGGUUGUGUUUGCACUUUCAGUAUUAUCAAGCCUUACUUUAAAUGAAGAAGUAGGAGAAAAACUCUUUCACGCUCGAAAUAUUCAUCAGACAUUUCAGCUAAUAUUCAAUAUUGUUGUAAAUGGAGAUGGCACUCUCACAAGGAAAUACUCUGUUGAUCUACUCAUGGAUCUUCUGAAGAACCCCAAAAUUGCAGAUUAUCUGACCAGAUAUGAGCACUUUAGCUCAUGCCUUGGUCAAGUAUUAGACCUUCUUCAUGGAAGGGAUCCUGAUUCAUCAUUUAAGAUCCUGGAGCUGCUGCUUGCCUUCUGUUCAGUGGUGAAACUGCGUCAUACCCUGUGGCAGGCAAUACUGGAACCAGCUGGCUUGGCAGUCUCUGGAAAUGCCAGAUUUGUGACUCGCUCCAAGACUUUUGAACCAUCUGUUGCUUUGGUGCACCUGUCAAAUCAACCAUUGGAAGGCUCUGCAGACUGUUCAGUUCUAGCACUGCAAGUGUUGAAAGAGAUUUUGGAGGUACCAAGACUGGAUGUGAUCAACAGUGGGAACAGCACCUCGGCCAAACACUUAGUGGAUCUUUUGCUGCCUGUUCUUCUUGAUCAUCUUCAGAUGCCAGAGCAGAUUGGGGAUGAGCUAUUAGUGAAGAAAAAGUGUGAAAGAAUGGUCAAGGCUAUUAAUGUCCUCACAAUCCUGUGUGGUGAUGACACACUGAAAAUGCAUGCCUCAAAGGUCUUGACUGCCAGCCAAUGCACAUCUCUAAUAGAACACCAGUUUACCUACAGUGGGAUCGAUACUGGUUUGGGGACAAAAGUAGCAGACUCUAAAAUGUGCAAACUUGCUGCUGACAUUAUUUUGAAAACACUGGAUCUUAUGAGCAGACUGAAGCAAGAUGUACCUGGUAUGGAAGUCAGCUUCUACAAAAUUUUACAGGAUCAACGCUUGAUUACGUCUUUGACAUUUGCUUUAACGUCAGACAGUAGAGAACAAGUCCAAGUGGGACUCAGAAUAUUGUUUGAGGCUGCACCCUUACCAGGUUUUCCUGCCAUAGUGCUUGGAGAAAGCAUUGCAGCAAGCAAUGCUUACAGACAGCAGGAGACAGAGCAUGCAUCCAAAAGAGUCCAACUGCAGUCACUAGCGACCAACGUUACCUCAGUGAGGUGUUCUUCAUCCUGUCCUUCAGGUGAUGAAUCCACAACUUCAAAUAUUCAGGAAUUAAUACAAAAACUUCAUUCUGGACUAGAGAUGAAGGAGCCUCUCCCUGACAUGAGGAUUUCGGACAUCAUGGAUGUCUACGAACAGAAGCUGUCAGCAUUAGCAUCUAAAGAAACCAAACUGCAAGACCUUUUGGAAGCAAAGGCUUUGGCUCUGGCUCAGGCUGAUAGGUUGAUGGCUCAGUACCGGCAUCAGAGAGCUCAAGCUGAGUCUGAGGCAAGAACUCUUGCUGCAAUGUUGAAGGAUGCAGAACGGAAAAAUGAAGAACUUAAUGAUUUGCUGAAAGCUCAGCAGGUGGAAUCUGAAAGGGCACAGACUGAUAUUGAACAGCUCUUUCAACACAACAGGAAAUUACAAACAGUUGCUGAAGAACAUGAAAUACUGAAAAAAUCCUCUGUUGAUCUUCUUCAGAGGUAUGAAACAACUGAAAGACAAUAUAAAGAUCUACAGAUUUCAUGCAAUUCACUAAACAAACAAAUGGAUGCAAUGAAGAAACUAAAUGAAUCCCUCAAGCAGCAGAAUGACAGGACUGCUGCACAGUUGGUAGAAAUGGAAGAUCUCAGAAAAGAAUUAGAGCAGCAGCUGCAGGAGCGAGAUGGCAAAAUAACAUUUCUGCAACAGAAAAUAAAAGUCCUGGAAGAAAAACUGAAAGCUCAGCAGAAAGAACAAACAGAUAUGGAACAAGCUAUAGAUCUCCUUAGGAAGGAAUUAUGUAAAACAGAGCAAGCAAGGAAGGAACUGAGUAUAAAGGCAUCUUCUCUGGAAGUUCAAAAAUCCCAGUUGGAAGGACGCUUGGAAGAAAAAGAAGCACUUGUAAAACUCCAGAAGGAAGAGCUGAACAAACAUUCCAACAUGAUUGCAAUGAUUCACAGUCUGAGUGGUGGCAAGUUAAGUGCAGAAGCAGUGAACCUCACUUUGUAAGGCUGUGUUGUGAAGACUUUAGUCAUUUAUGCAUAUAUGUAUGAAUAUAUGUAAAGAUUUUUAAACCUAAAGCUCACAAACUAUCUGAUUUUGGGGGAAAAAAAUCUCAAAUUAAAAUAGCCUAACUGUCAACUGAGGAAAAGUAGCAACUGUGGAAGAUUUGUUCUGAAAAAAAAUGAGCUACUGUAUGGCAAAUAGGUCAUCUGAUGGGUUUGGUGGGACUAUUUUCAUUUCUAUUAGGAGCUUAAUGCAACUUUUGCUUCUGACUAACUCUCCUAUAUAUAUAGGGAAAACCAAAGCAAAAUAGGAGCCACUAUCAACUUUUUAUUGUCUUCUCUUGUCUGUCUGGCAGGCAGUGUACUUCAUAGCUUAAGCACUAACUUAAUUUGUUUUGGCUCUUCUGAUUACCAUUAUUAUUUGUGCAGUGCUGCUUCCUGGUCCCUAAAGUACAAACAAAAGUGGAAUCAAUUAUGUCAGUUAGAGCAUGCUGCACUGAAAGGUGUCUUUCUCAGCAUACUGGUGCAAGUGCUUCAUGCAGUAAAUGUGUGAAGGCAUUUUUAAUGCAAAGGAGAUAUCAAUUUGAGGAUGCAGAGCAUACUCAAGGAUUUUCAGCAAGCAGCACGGUGCUGAAAUGAAAGACAUAAAUGUAGACAAAUAUUUCUUAAGUACUGUAUAAUUUCCUGACUCUACAACACCUGCCUGAUGCAUGCUAGUUAUUGUCAACAUUGUCAUUUUCUGCUCUCCACCAGCAGCAUUUAAUUUUGUUCAGGCCUACAACUGGUUUAGGCAAUUUUAGAUUGUUUUUCUUAAACCUGUUUUCAUAUGAAAGACUAAUACCAGAAUUUGAUGAUUUUUUUUUUUUAGUGGCAGAACACUUUAUAUGUGACAUGAAUUAUCUGUCUUGUAGUAGUUGGCAGAACUAUUUCAUUACUGUCAGAGUUUUGUGUGAUGUAAUAUAUCAUUUUACCUUUUAUUUGUAGCACUAUGACCUGGGGUUUUUUUGUAUCUAGAUUUUAAAAUACCUGAAAUUCUUUGGUGUGGUUUGUUUUUCAGUUGUGUACUAUGAGAUGCCUCACUGAAUCUGUCCAACUCAGUACAGCCUUGUACAUUCUGUGGCAGUUCUACCACAUCAGAUGAACUGUAUCUAUUUUAACCUGUAUAGACAUUGCUUUGGUCUCUGAGGACCUGGGGAAUAAAAAAAAUAGUGAUAAUAA